AUGCAAUUCACCACCACCGCCCUCCUCACCCUCAUCGCGGCCGUCAGCGCCGCCCCCUCCAUCUCAGACAUCGGCUACUGGAACGUAACCAUCUACCACGACUUCCACACCGGAGCAGGCUAUACCGAGAAACUGCACGCCGAGUUCAACUCCCCUUACUACAAGAAGCCCCUCGUCACGGACUGCACAGCCAGUUAUACGUUUCGCAACGGACGUACAACACCCGUCUGCACGCCCAACUCGCUUACUUAUUCGUACGAUAAUCAGACUGAGAUCUUCAGUAUGCGCCAGUGCAUUACCAAGCCAGCCAAGUUGGUCGCGACGGGAAACCACAAGGUUGACAUCAAGGUCAAUGGCGGAAAGGAUCUUCGUCCUUAUACCGGCAACUUCAUCGUCCCUGUUUUGGAUCGUGAGCCUGAGAAAUAA